AUGAUGGAUCGAUGGAGUCCAGUGCGAGAGACAUGGCUGCUGUUGAUGCUCGUCUCCGUGUUUCACACCUCAAGUGCAGUCAUAGCAACGAUGCGUGAUCUGAAACGUAAAGAUAAGCUGGUGGAAGCCGCCGGGGACGCGUACGGGAAAACUCUUUCUCUGGCCGUCCUGGACGUCUGCACCGAUGAGUCCGUCAAACAGUGUAUUAACGGCAUCAAAGACAGACACGUGGAUGUCCUCAUCAAUAAUGCCGGUAUCGGCCUCGUGGGUCCGAUAGAGAGCAUCCCCAUCGAUGAGAUGAAGAAAGUGUUUGAGACCAACUUCUUUGGGGUGAUCCGCAUGAUCAAGGAGGUGAUGCCUGACAUGAAGAGAAGGAAAGGAGGACACAUCAUUGUGGUCAGCAGUGUGAUGGGGCUGCAAGGUGUGGUGUUCAAUGACGUGUAUGCAGCUUCCAAGUUUGCGAUGGAGGGCUUCUGUGAAUGUUUGGCUGUGCAGCUUUUGAAGUUUAAAGUCACAAUGUCAAUGAUUGAGCCGGGCCCGGUGCACACAGAAUUUGAGGCAAAAAUGAUUCAGGAUGUGCAGCAGAAGGAGUUUCCCGGAGCAGAUGCUGACACGGUGAAUUACUUCAAGAACGUUUAUCUUCCUUCAUCUGUGGACAUCUUCGAGACACUGGGACAAACGCCUGACGACAUCGCCAGAUGUGUCAAGAAAGUGAUAGAAGCAAGCAGCCCGCGUUUCCGUAAUCUGACCAACCCUUUGUACACGCCCAUCGUAGCGUUGAAAUACGCCGAUGAAACAGGAGGCCUGUCUGUCCAUGCCUUCUACCACAUGCUCUUCAACCUGGGUCCACUGAUGCACGUCAGCAUGACCGCCAUGAAGUACCUCACCUGUGGAUGUCUGAGGAGCAGGACCAUUUCACCAAACUAGAAAUGUAUUAUGGGAACACUAGAACACAAUUUACCGUGGCACGUGUUAUCAGUGUAAAAAACAAAUACAUACAUAAAACGUUUAUCUUAUUUGAACUGCCAUAUUUGACUCUGCAUAAAUGCAGUCUGUUUUGUUAUGAAGUCUUGUUUAUCCUCUCUUUUUUGUAUAAGAUUGUAGCUUAUGUACGUAUAGGUGCCACACCUGAGUUCAAUUAGGUUGAAAUACUUCAACAUCUAAAAUGGUUUUAGCCCAGGGGUGUCCAAACUACGGCCCGGGGGCCAUUUUGAAUCGGCCCUCAGCAAAUAAA